AUGCUUAAAUAUCAUUCAAAGAGUAUCUAGGUUUUAAAAAAGAUGAACCAAAGACCAUCUAUUUAUCUCCUAUAGAUUAUUAUAAGAUUAAAAACUGUAUAGAAGGGACCUCAAAGCCUAAUACAAUAAAAAUAAACUCCGUAAAAGGUGGAUUUAUUGAAAUAAAAGAUGAAGACUACUACAAAAUUUCAUAAAAAAUUAACCCUGACAUCCUUGUUUCUUUAGCUGAAUUUCCUUAAGGGAAAGGUGUAAAAUCUCACCGAAGAGCAGUCGAAAAGACAUUAAGUUUUUUAGAUUUAGGUAUAAAAAUGUUUAAAGAAAAUGCUGAAUUUUCUCAUAUUUAUUUAUUCGCGUCAAUUUAAGGAGGUACAUAUGAAGAUUUGCGAAAAAUAAGUAUUUAAAAUUCACUUGAAAAAAAUAUAGAUGGAAUAGUAAUACAUGAUUUAGAUAAAGAAGACUUAUUUGAGGAUAAAAUAAAAAUUUUAAAAUUAAUAAUGGAAGAAAUAUAGCCUAAAAAAGAUAUACUAUAUACUGUAUUUUCAUCACAAGGUAAUUUAAUAGAUAUAAUGCUUGGAUUAAUAUUUGGUAUAGAUUAUUUUGAAGUAGAAUAUCCAAAUUAUUUAGCACAAAAUUCGAUAGCAUUGA